AUAAAUAACCCCAAAGCUAAGGAAAAGAGAAAAACCAAAAUAUUAACAACAAAUAAAAAUACAAAAAAAAAAAAAAGGAUGAAAAAUAUCACUCCUUCUUCACCAUUCUUCUCUAUCAUUCACAAAACUGAUAGAACAGAGGAGGAAGAAGAAGAAGAUGAUGAGUUCAACAAAGCAACUCCAUGUAGUGGUACCGACGCCGGAGCAAAGCACCACCCAACGCCGCUCCACCUUCACGGCAGUGAUGGGGUUCUUCCUAAACGCUCCACCAAGAAACACCCGGACUCAGCGGCUUCCGUCAGUACCGGAUCGGUAUCCUGCAGUAAGUGUCGACCACAUGCUCGAGAAAAGUUCUCUGUAGUUCCUUUGGACAACAAUGGCGUCGCUAAACAGUUUUUCUCAAUGGCGAGUCCUAAUGGAAUGCUGAAGUCAAUAGUUUCGUCGUUGACAAGAAAAAGCCCUAAACCGAUUAAUGAAGGAACGGAUUUGGCGGCGAGAGAAGAACAUUGGAAGAUCGCUUUGGGAGAAAUUUCGCAUAAAUUAAUCCAAGCGACGAGGAAAAGAGAUGAAGCGAUUCUUGAAGCUUCGAGGUUGAAAUAUUCCAUGGCGGAAUUGGAGAAGAAACUUAAUAAACUUGAAAUCUAUUGCCAUACUUUGAAAUCUGAACUCGAUGAAUGUGCUUCGAAUCCGCGAAAACCUAAAUCGGAAGUUCAAAAAAAUAGCGAUUCGAUUUCAGAUAAAAUUAUAGAGAAUUUCCUAUCGUCAGUUUCUGAAUCGCGUUCGUCGGUGAGGCAAUUAAGCCGAUCAUUAGCAAUGCAACUCCGUCAAAUCGGAGGCAAAGUCUACGAGAGGAUUCAAUUCCUUCUACAAUCUCACGACAUCAAAAUCCCUCUCUCGAAAAACCUCAAAACUUCACUCAUCUUCCAUCUCGAAGCUAUUCUAAACAGAGCAUUCUUCGAGGAUUUCGAAACGAUAGGGUUUCAGAAGAACUCACCGAAUCAGAUUUUAAACCCUUCGGAUCGGACUGAAUCGAACAUCGCGUCGUUUAAUCGGCUCCACCGGCUGAGUUGGGAGGAGGUUCUGAGCAAAGGAACGAGGCAUUUCAGUGAAGAUUUCAGCAGAUUUUGUGAUCGGAAGAUGAGCGACAUUGUUGCAAUGCUCGAGUGGAACAGAGCUUGGCCGGAGCCACUACUUCAGGCGUUCUUUGCAGCGGCGAAGAGUGUUUGGCUUGUUCAUCUUCUUGCUACCGCCGUUCACCCGAGCUUGCCGAUAUUUAGAGUGGAUUCCGGCGUGAGAUUCGACGGGGUUUACAUGGAGGAUAUCGCCGGAGAGAAAGCUAGAGAACUGGCUCCGGCGACGGUGAGAAUAAUGGUGUCGCCGGGAUUUUAUGUGUUUGAUAAUUUGAUUAAGUGUAAGGUUGUGUGUAGGUAUCAUAUUAAUCUUAAUAAUUAAUUUUCAAUUUUCAAUCCUUAA